CUGCAGGGACGUCUUUCACUUCUUCGAAGAAUAAGAGAAGUUGCAGUACCGACGGCAGUGUAUAUUCACUGUUUCUGAUAACUAUUCCAUUUCGAGUAGCGAUAAAGUAAUCUGCCAUGGCUGCAAGCGCCAGACUAUUUUCCCGUGUAAAAGAGGGAUUCACAACCAGCGUCCGAUUUGCGAGCUAUGAGAGUACUCGCAAAAAUCUGAAAUUGAACUCAAACUCGAAAGUCAUCUGCCAAGGAUUUACGGGAAAACAGGGCACUUUCCAUUCCCAACAAGCUUUGGAGUAUGGUACGAAGAUAGUCGGAGGAGUCUCGCCCGGCAAAGGUGGACGCACACACCUAAAUCUUCCAGUUUUCAAUUCCGUGAAGGAAGCGAGAGCAGCCACUAAUGCUGAUGCUACCGUAAUCUACGUUCCUCCCCCUGGAGCAGCUAAUGCCAUUAUGGAAGCCAUUGAAGCGGAGAUGCCACUGAUUGUGUGCAUCACUGAAGGUGUCCCGCAGCAUGACAUGGUGAAGGUGAAGCAUGCUCUGCUGGCUCAGGAUAAAUCUCGUCUGGUUGGUCCCAACUGCCCAGGAAUCAUUGCUCCCGAACAAUGCAAAAUUGGUAUUAUGCCCGGACACAUCCACAAGCGAGGCAAGAUUGGAGUUGUAUCCCGUUCGGGAACGCUUACAUAUGAAGCCGUGCAUCAAACGACCGAGGUCGGUCUCGGUCAAACGCUCUGCGUCGGAAUCGGAGGUGAUCCAUUCAACGGAACCGAUUUCAUCGAUUGUCUGGAAGUUUUUCUGAAAGACCCCGAAACCAAGGGUAUCAUCUUGAUUGGUGAGAUUGGUGGUGUGGCUGAGGAGAAGGCUGCAGAUUAUCUGAUGCAGUAUAAUCAGGGUAUCAAGGCGAAGCCGGUGGUAUCGUUCAUCGCCGGUCUUUCGGCCCCACCUGGUCGGCGUAUGGGCCACGCCGGUGCAAUCAUCUCCGGUGGUAAGGGAGGCGCUCAGGAUAAGAUCAAUGCGCUGGAAAAGUCCGGCGUUAUCGUAACCAGAAGCCCCGCCCAGAUGGGCAAGGAAUUGUUCAAAGAAAUGAAGAGAUUGGAACUCGCCUAAAUAAAUGCAAGCUAUCAAUAUUUACUAAA